UUAAUAAUAUUAAAAAAAAAAUUAAAAAAAAAAAUUUCGUCAAUUUCAUACUUCACAGUUAUCACAGUUAUCUUCCUUCACGCCUUCAAUCAUCUCGAUUGAUUCAGGAAUUCCGUAGAAAACCUUCAUCGGAAAGCGAAAAUCCGACGGAAUCUGCUGUGGGCGACGGAAUAUGAUGAGUAAUUUACGGGCGAUAUGUCGGCCGCAAACGGUGUUUUCUUCUGUGGCGUUUUGUUACAGAUCGAUGGCUUGGGUUUCGUCGGUUGAAAGCCCUAGCUACAGUUGGAGGCCUCCGUCGACAUCUUCGUCGGGUUUUGCUGUCUGCUACGAUAAAUUGGGAGAACGGAGCAAGUAUGAGCCGCGGGUGAGGUUGAAUCGCCAGAGGAGGAUGGUGGCUACGAGGGCUUCUAAUUGGACAGACUCCAAAUCUCCGUAUGAAACCCUAGAAUUAGAUAAGGAUGCAGAUGAAGAGCAAAUUAAAGUAGCGUACAGACGCUUGGCUAAAUUCUAUCACCCUGAUGUAUAUGAUGGAAGAGGGACAUUAGAAGAAGGUGAAACAGCUGAAGCUCGAUUUAUAAAGAUACAGGCUGCAUAUGAGCUUCUUGUAGAUGAGGAGAACCGGAGAAAAUAUGACACUGACAAUCGUGUGAAUCCAAUGAAGGCGUCUCAAUCAUGGAUGGACUGGCUUAUGAAGAAACGAAAAGCAUUUGACCAAAGAGGUGACAUGGCAAUUGCAGCUUGGGCUGAACAACAGCAGCGUGAAUUGAAUCUCCGUGCACGUCGUCUUGCUCGUUCGAAGAUUGAUCCUGAAGAAGAAAGGAAGAUAUUGGUGAAAGAGAAAAAAGCAUCCAUUGAGAACUUCCACAGCACUUUAAGGAGACAUACACUUGUCCUAAGAAAAAGGGAUUUAAUGAGGAGUAAAGCCGAAGAAGACAAGAAAAAGAUCAUAGGACAGCUUCUGGCAGCAGAGGGCCUUGAACUUGAAAAGGAUGAAGAUGAAUUGUAGAUGAUGCAGCGGUAGACGACAGGGCAGGACUCAACGGAGCACUUUGAGUAGCUGACCAUUACCCUCCGGCAAGGUGCGCAUGGCCCACAAGCAUGCAAACAAUCCGGCAGGCUGGACCCCGUCGGGUAUAGCUCCAUUCCUAUCUCUCCUUCCUGUAUAUAUGUAUUCCACAUUAUAUAUCUAUUUGUUGCAUUAAUUAUAAGUUUGUACAAAAUUAAGUGUGCGUAUAUUUAUAUAUGUGCUUGUUACCAA